AGUGUCUAAUCUAACGCAUAAAUAACUCUAAUAAUUGCUUUAUGAUUGAUUUUAUAACUACUUUUACGAGUAUUAUUGACAAGACACUUGUCAUCCGUUCCUGUCAAACCCCUGAUUUGGAGAUGAAAAACAGGUUCCGAGCGAGCGGUCCUGUUUAUAAUAAACGUAUCUUUCACUCACACGCUCUCCUAGCAGCGAGAAUAGCUUUCAAACCUUUACACGAAAAUAAGUUUUAAACACAUUAAUUAAAAGAGGAGGCAUUUAUACCAAUGUCUUAAACAAAAUUUAAUUGUUUAGCAGUUUCAAAUCGUCUUUCAAACCGCUACGUUUGUGUUGUGUAUUGUAUAUUUAGCCGAGGAGGUUAGCAAUGUUUACAGAGCUUAACAGCAUCCUCAACACCUCUCCUGACUCCUUCACACGGGGAGAAUUUAUCCUGGUUUCUGAUAGACAGAGUGACGCAUCUUUCCUUAUUCAUCAUUUCCUUUCAUUCUACCUAAGAUCGCGAUGCAAAGUGUGUUUUCUGGGCUUGGUGCAGUCCUUUUGCCACUACAGUGCAGUGAGUCAAAGACUGGGUGUCAGUUUAACGCAGGCAAAGGAAAAGGGUCAGCUGGUUUUCUUCGAGGGUUUGAAGGAGUCUCUGUCUCUUCUGAUUCCACAAGAGAACAACACUGAAAGCGAAGCUGUGAACUUUCUCAGGGACCCUGCUGUCGGCCUGAGGGGUCUGUAUGAGUUUGUUCGCUCCAGUGUGAUCAGCUCAGGUAGCGUGGAGGAAGGAGCAGAGGAGUGGGGGCCACCUGUGUUGCUGGUGGAUGACCUCAGCGUGCUGUUGAGUCUCGGCGUCAACUUUGGAGCCGUUUUGGACUUCAGCCAUUACUGCAGAGCUGCAGUCUGCUCCCAGUUGCAGGGGAACAUGGUGAUGCUGGUGCGUUGUAAUGGGGAAGAGGAGGAGGAUGAUGGAGAUGAGGAAACAGAGGCUCUCCUGAAGGGCCUGACUCACCAAUGUAGCCUUAAUCUUCAUGUCCAGGGUCUGCCCACCGGCUACUGCAAGGACAUACAUGGCAAGGUGGAAGUUUGUUGGAAGAGGAGACAAGGCGAUGGACCACACCCACAGAAAAACCUCUUUCAGUACAAAGUUCAUGAUAAAGGAGCAUCCUUUUUUGCCUGUGGGACGUCCAGUGCUGUUCUUUAACUCCACUUUUCAUUUUCUUCAGAUGGACUUUUCAAAAUCAGGAGAUAUUAUAGGUUUGACUGAUCUUUUGCCUCAGUUAAACCUUACAUUUGGUUCAUCUCUAGUCUUGUAGUAGAUUGACUUUUGCCUGGAGGAUGUUAUGUGUUAUAUAGACAUCCUGGUUUCAGAUGGCUGCAUUUGUUGUUUGGAUUCAUUUGAAGACUACAGACUUCUAUUGAAGUCUGCGUUUAGUUACUUGAAUUAAUCCUUUUUGUGUUGACAGGUCAUGCAAACAUGUACCUUUCUUAAAGUUAUGAAAAGGUCUCAUCAGUUCUUCAUACUUUGCUUCCAAAAAAACAUUUAUUUAUCUUUUCAUGUGUGUGAAGCAGUUCACUAAUUUUAGUCCAAUGUCUUGUCUUGUUAAGCCCUCACUAUUGGCUCAUUAAAGGAGAUGCAUAACUCAAGGGUUUAACCAGUAAGCUUUACAAAGAGCAAAUAUGGUACCACUCUCUGUUAGCAACAUCUAUGGAAAUAUCUAAACCAACACAGGCUGACUGACAUAAAAUAGUAUUUUCAUUUUUUUUUUGUGCCAUGGUGGAUUGCAUUGCAGUUUCGUAGCAAAAACUAUUCUGUAUUUCCUCUGCAUGUGUGGGUUUUUCUCCAGUAUGUCUUGACUUCCUGCCUCAGUCCAUGUAAUGCUCUGCAGUGCUUCGUUAAAGUAGAAAAUUUGAAAAUUAAACAAAACGUAAGAAGAAGAAGAAAAAAAGACCAGCAGUAACCUGAAACAGAAUGAAAAAAAUGCUUCUUCUUUCAACUAAACCAUCUAUUUAACACAAAAUUGUGAGGUAAAGCCUUUGUGAAAAAAAUCUAAUUUUGUAAUGACAAAAUUAAAUAAGCAGGAACAAAUUAUGUCCAUGUCACUAAUAAUAAAAUAUUUCAAGAUAA